GGGCGGGGACGACGCGCACGGGUUUGAGGCGCCCGCAGUGGCCAUUUCCAUGCCCCGGCGAUUGCGUCUGAGCCUGUGUGGCUGUGUGUGUCCACGCUGCGUGUCACAGUGCAGAGCUGUUUACCUGGAAGCAUCUGAGCGCAGGGGCGUGCCCCGGGGUCUGGAGAGCCUUGGGGUCCGAUGUGUCAGCCGUGUCAGCCUGCCAGUGCUCCGAGAGCUCUGCUCGUCCUGCCAGACCGUGGCUGAGACGCUGUCAUUGCCCAGGGCCCCGGCCAGUGCCCAGCCUCGCUGGGAGCCCCGGCCAGCACCACGGACGGCGCCCAGGAAGCUCGAGUCCCCCUGGACGGGGCCUUCUGGAUUCCAAGGCCCCCGGCAGGCUCACCCAAGGGUUGCUUUGCCUGCGUGUCCAAGCCCCCGGCCCUGCAGGCUCCGGCGGCCCCAGCCCCCGAGCCCUCAGCGUCGCCCCCCAUGGCGCCCACCCUGUUCCCCAUGGAGUCGAAGAGCAGCAAGGCGGACAGUGUGCGGGCCUCGGGCGCCCCCCAGGCCUGCAAGCACCUUGCCGAGAAGAAGACCACGACGAACCCCACCACGGUCAUCGAAGUCUACCCGGACACCACCGAGGUCAAUGAUUACUACCUGUGGUCCAUCUUCAACUUCGUCUACCUCAACUUCUGCUGCCUGGGCUUCAUCGCGCUGGCCUACUCCCUCAAAGUCCGGGACAAGAAGCUUCUCAAUGACCUGAACGGAGCAGUGGAAGACGCCAAGACGGCGCGACUGUUCAACAUCACCAGCUCGGCCCUGGCGGCGUCCUGCAUCAUCCUUGUCCUCAUCUUCCUGCGGUACCCGCUCUCCGACUACUAGGGCCUGCCGGGCCCCGCCGGCCGUGGAGACAAAGCACUGAGACAUGUCCGUUGUCACGCCUGCUGUGACACAAGAUGCGGUGUGGUUGGGGCUGUUCAGGGCACGUGCCCUGGAGCCCCCCUAAAGCUGUGACCUGGGCAGCGAGGCCAUCAGAAGCUCUGCGCACUACGGGGGCGGGAGCUCGGGGCCAGCCCACCCUCUCUGCCUCCUGACCCUCCGCCUCUGCCCGUGUCUGGGGUCUGUGCGGCUGCACCCUGGCUUCCACUGGCUGCCCUCCCUGGCCUCCUGUGCCCCCCCAAGGCUCCUGGGGCCCCUCUGACCUGACACCUAGGAAGAAGGGCUUCUGUGGGAGCUUCCCAGUUUGGGGGUGCUGCCAGCCUCUGGGGACUCACUCUGUCUUCUCUGACCCCACCCCUCCGAGCUGUGACCCCGCUCGAGCUCUGUGUCUGUGACCUGUCAAUAAAGUCCCUGUCUGGCUCC